CAUAAAUAAACUACAAAUACAACAGCAGCAACAGUGACAGAACAGGUUCGGUAGUAAAGCUAGGGUUUAGGGCCUGCGCCGGAAGCCUCAGUGUCGUGUCGUCGCACUUGUUUCCACAGUUGCGCAGAAUUUGAUUUUACCUUCGAUCGGGGAUUGCUGUGCUCGAUCAUCGCGGAUUCUGCACAGUUGAGAGCGAUGGCGGCUGCGAUGAUGUUGCGGAGGGCAGCGGGUCCGCUACGCAGGACGGCGUCGAAGCUCUUGGCGGAGCCGCGCGUGGCAUUGCUGCCAAGAGCUGCGCCGCAAUGCUUGAGCAGAGUGUCGGACAAUCUGUUCUUCCCUGCGCGAUUCGCCUCCACGCAAAGGGAGGCCUCUACUCAGGAUAGCGGCCUUCUGCGCAUUCUCGGGGAUGAGAUUAGUCAUGAGGAAGAGGAGUACGAGGCUCCACGAGGUUUAGCCAGGGGCCCUCCUCAACCUUUCAAGCUGGAAGACAAACCAGGGAAGUUGGAGGUGACACUGCGCAGAUCGUAUGGUCAAGAGGACAUUGCAUUGACAGCAAUGUUUCAGCCUGGAAUGGGAGUCGAAGGAGAGGAUUACGAGGAGGACGAGGAGGUGCCUGAACAGAACGCGGUGCAUUUGACAGUAUCAAUAACCAAGGGACCAGACUCUCCUGUCCUGGAAUUUGGAUGUGUUAUUCAAAAGAACGACUUCCAAAUUGGCCAUGUUCACUUCGUGGAGGAGAAGAAUGCUAAGGAACCCAACUUCGAUGGACCAGACUUCUCUCAAUUGGACGAGCAACUUCAGAGGCAGUUCAAGAGGUACUUGGAUGCGCGAGGCAUAAACGAAGACCUUUCUAACUAUCUUCUUGAUCUCCUCGAAGACAAGGAGCAACGGGAGUACCAGAGGUGGUUGCGCAAUGUGGAGUCGUUUAUCAGGAAGUAAAGACGAACAUCUGAGCCAAUUUUGAACUCAAGUGAAGAUUUUCGUUUACAUUUGGGACUGCAUUAGUGAGAACCGCGUUUACAGGACUCAUACCGUAGUUCAUCCAGUUUUUAAAUUUUCCUUAGUGAAGAACGAAAUGUGAAGUCGGUGAUUGGAUUUACUAAAGGGUCUGUCCUGUGGUUGUUGCCACAACUCCAAGCUGGCCCCAAGUGGCUACUGCGAAUUUCUGUUAGGCGACAAGUAGAGUGCAAUACACUUCCGGUAUGACCGUUGGCCAUGUUGGAAAUAGGAAGAACCCUCCCACUUCACAGUGCUAGUGCCCCUUACACUUCGGGACGUUCAAGUUUUUGAUAAUAAUAGAUACGCUGGGGCUUUUGGUAAUA